AUAUUCUUGGUGAGGAAAGAGGGUACCGUGAACAACAUGGUCCUUGCAGUCCGCCUGCCAGUGCAGAAUGAGGCUCCUGGUGUGCUGGAGUACAACAUCAAAGAAGAAAAAUCAAUCCUGUACCUGGAAGGAUCUGUCCUUGUAUUUGAGGAUGUCUUCAAACUGGUUGCCUUCUACUGUGUCAGUAGGGAUUUGCUGCCCUUCACCCUGAAGCUGCCACAAGCAAUAUUAGAAGCCAGUAGCUUUCAAGACCUUGAAAUUAUCUCUGGUCUGGGGUUAGAUUUCUGGGACUCAUCCUUAAACCACAGAAGAAGAGGAGAGGAGUUAUCGCACCCUGCAAAAGACUCUGCUUCCAGCACUGUCCAGGCAGACUGUUUAAGAUCUACCCAGUGUUUUGCAAGUAGCACAAACCACUGCUCAUGUGAAAUUGAGCUGUCAAUAGGAAAUGACAGGCUGUGGUUCGUGAAUCCUAUUUUUAUAGAAGAGUGCAGUAAUCCUUUUCCUCCAGAUGUACCUCCUCCUAAAAGCCAUGCUGUGAGCGCCAAUCUCCCCCCUGCCACCGCGCUUGCUGAAAGGAAGUCUCCCCGCCGCCCCCCUCCACCUCCACCUUCUCACACUCUCGUUCAGAAAUCUUCUCUGAAGCUCCUGCAGGAUCCCAUGACUGCCUGUGAAAACAACCUGCUUCUUCAGCCACUAGGAAAGAGCAUCAAGGAAAUGAAAAUUGAGGGUGGUGACAAUAAAGAAGAAGAAGGAAAGCAGAGCUGCUCAGUCAAUGAACCCUUGGCAGUGAGCCCCAAGAAGGGCUCCCAGCCCUCUGUGCCCCCACGGAGGCGGCUGAGCGAGAGGACCUCAGAGGAGAGCUGUGCGGGUAAGCCUGGAAGUUGUGAAACACCGAAAAGGGAACAGACAGGAGAAAAACAAGACACAAGUACAGAAAGCGAAGAUAAAAGGUUGCUGUGCAAAAAGGCUGUAGAAAUGCCUGGGGAGGUUCCCAAAAGGGCUGUAUCACAGUUUCAGGAGACAAAGCCUGAACCUGCAGAGAAGAAGGAGGACAUGCCUGAGAUACAAAGCCACGCCAUUGAGAAAGGAAAGUCACCUCCUAUUCCACCACCGAGAAGGAAGAGGCUUUCCCAGGCACCGAGGAUCCCCAGCUCCUGCCAGUUGAAGCAAAGAACAGUGGCAGAGACAGCCACAGCCACGGCACAGGCUUUGUGCAAGAGCAGCUCAGCUACAGCGGCAGGUGGUGCCACCUGCACAGACAGCAAGAAUGAACCAGGACAUGGCCGCAAAUCUGUCAGCUCAGCCGAACUGAAAGGUUCGCACUCUUCCCUUGAGGGCCCGGGAGGCAGCACCAUGGCUCAGGCAUCAGCGUCCGAGCCAGACUCCUACUCCACCAGCAGCACAGAGGAUGAUCUGGAGAUGCUGAAUAGUUCCUCCAGUAAAAAGACACACUCCGCAAUCUUGGGCAAGGCCAAGAACAGGCUGUCCUUUGUGAGCCUCUCCAAUGUCUUCACAGUCUUUUUGUCUAGUGACAGGAAGCUGCAGAAGAAGAUAGUGGAGCUGGCACAGGACAAGGAUUCGUACUUUGGCAACCUGGUGCGGGACUACAGGGUGUACAGUUUAGAGAUGAUGGCAAAGCAGAGCUCCAGCACAGAGAUGCUACAAGAAAUCCGGAUGAUGAUGACACAGCUGAAGAGUUACUUAGUGCAGAGCACUGAGUUGAAAUCUCUGAUAGACCCAGCCUUCUACACCGAGGAACAGUUAGAAGUGAUUGCUGAGACGGCUUUGUACAAAUGUGUCCUGAAACCUUUAAAAGAAGCCAUUGAUUCUUACUUAAAAGAAAUCCACAACAAAGACGGAUCUUUUCAGCAGCUAAAAGAGAACCAACUUGUGAUACAAAACACAACUACCACUGACCUAGGCAUCACGACCAGCGUGCCUGAAACAGUUGUGCUGGAAAAGAUCCUUCACAAGUUCACAACCAUGCACAAGGCGUACUCCCCAGAAAAGAAGAUUGCCAUCUUGCUGAAGUCCUGCAAACUCAUCUAUGACUCCAUGGCUCAGGGAAAUCCAGGGAAACCAUAUGGUGCAGAUGACUUCCUCCCUGUGCUCAUGUAUGUGUUGGCCCGCAGCAACUUGACUGAAGUCCUUCUGAAUGUGGAGUAUGUGAUGGAGCUCAUGGACCCUGCUCUGCAGCUAGGGGAAG